AGAGGGCACGGGGAAAAGGUGGCUCUGGCCGGGGCGGCUCGGCUUCCUGGGGCUAUGUAGCUGGGCUCGUCGGCUCGGGGUCCUGCUUCGCCGCCCUCGCCGCGUCCCUGCGGGGAGUCGCCGCUCCGGAGAGACACCGCCCUUACUCCCGCAAGCGCUCCCUCGACGGCAGAGCUCUCUCGCCCGCCCGCGGGAGCGUCCCGGCCGAGCAGCCCCGAGGGGGGAGGGGAGGCCAUUUUGUCCCGACCGACUCCCCGGAACCGGGAGGAGCGGCUGGGAGAGGCUGCGGAGCCGCGGUCGCCGCCCUCGGAGGCACCGGACGCCGCCACCGUCGGGGCUUCCCGGACGAGGCCGUUCGUAGGUCGCCCCUGCCCUCGCCAGCCCGCGGCUUUCCCACGCCUGCCCAGUCCUCCGGCCUGAGAACGCCCGGGAGAGGAGUUGGCCGUGGUGAGCGGGACCGAUCCCUUGGGGCCGCCGGCGGCGAGAGCCCGAGCCGCUCCUCCCAAUGGCGAAGAAGACGUACGACCUGCUUUUCAAGCUGCUCCUGAUCGGGGACUCGGGAGUGGGCAAGACCUGCGUCCUUUUUCGCUUUUCGGAUGAUGCCUUCAACACCACCUUUAUUUCCACCAUAGGAAUAGACUUUAAGAUCAAAACAGUUGAAUUACAAGGAAAGAAGAUCAAGCUACAGAUAUGGGAUACAGCAGGCCAGGAGCGGUUUCACACCAUCACAACCUCCUACUACAGAGGAGCAAUGGGUAUCAUGCUAGUGUAUGACAUCACCAAUGGUAAAAGUUUUGAAAACAUCAGCAAAUGGCUUAGAAACAUAGAUGAGCAUGCCAAUGAAGAUGUGGAAAGAAUGUUACUAGGAAACAAGUGUGAUAUGGAUGAUAAAAGAGUUGUACCUAAAGGGAAAGGAGAACAGAUUGCAAGGGAGCAUGGUAUUAGGUUCUUUGAGACUAGUGCGAAAGCAAAUAUAAACAUUGAAAAGGCUUUCCUCACAUUAGCUGAAGACAUCCUUCGAAAGACCCCUGUAAAGGAGCCCAACAGUGAAAACGUAGACAUCAGCAGUGGAGGCGGCGUGACGGGCUGGAAGAGCAAGUGCUGCUGAGCGCCCCCGCCGUCAGCUGCCACCACGCCCGUUCUCUUCUCGCUGCAAAUAAACCACUGUCCAUUUCCAACUCGAAAGCAGAUAUUUUUGUCCUCAUCUUAACUCUCCAGUCCACCUGUUUAUUUGUUCUCUCAUCUGUGGCUGCUUGCUGACUUUAAUUUUCUUCGAACAAAAAAUGUAUAGAAAAAUCAUGUCUGUGACUUCAUUUUUAAAUGGACUUGCUCAGCUCACCACUGCAUUUCAGUUGUAUUAUAGCCCAGUUCUUAUCAACAUUAAAACCUAUAGCAAUCAUUUCAACUCUAUUCUGCAAAUUGUAUAAGAAUAAAAGUUAGAAUUAACAAUUUUAUUUUGUACAACAGUGGCAUUUUCUGUCAUGGAUAAUGUGCUUGAGUCCCUGUAAUCUGUAGAUGUGAUAGCAAAGGAAACAAGCAAAGCCAGGAACACACUCAUUUUCGCCUUGACUAUGUAAAUGGGGUUAAUUUUGUCCUGUGCCUUAUGUGGAAAGGAACUUCUUUGGUUUUUCCUUUUUGUUUUGGUGGAAGCAUGUGCAGAAGAUAUAUCAUCCAAACAUAUAACCAUUAAAAAGUUUGUGGUUUGCUUGGCUGUCAUUUUCAGGCUAGUUAAUUGAGGACAAAGGGUAAUGCAAAAAAAAAAAAAAUAUGAUAGCUUUGGUUUGCUGAGUCUCAUUAAGUGGCCUUGAUAUUUAAAGCUGUUCCUGCCCCUGUUCUCCUUGGCCACUUCUUCCUCUCACCUUCCUGCAUGCUGCUUUAUUUGCUUCUCCCCAUGGUAUGAGUUAUUUAAAAAUGAAAGGGGCAAAUAGUAGGACGUCAAGUUUCACAUAAAGCACUGACUUAACGCGAAGUAAACUGAAGAAGUAUUCUAACCGCCUGCCAUCCAAUGCCAGUUCAUCCGUGUCUUCCCGCACUUGCUCGCUCCCUAGAGCUUGUCCCGACCUCCGCAGUCACCAUCUCACGCCUCCUCCCCUGUGGCCCCUUCCCCUGCCCCCCACCCCACCCCCCGGCUGCCCUCUGAGUUUCAGAAACGGAAGAGUUACCUGCAUGCACUCAAGUGUGGAGGGUGUUGUGGUUUGUCCCAGGAGGCGCACAGCUCUCCACUGUCCUAGAUCCAUCUCUCAGCCCACGUUUGAGUCGUCUCCAUUUUGGCAACUCCUCUAGCAUGUGGUAGCCCAGCAAAGGUGAUCUAAAAAAAAAAGGACGAGGAGUGAAUUUUAUUAACCACGCUCGCCAAAUGUAUUGAUUUGGCCUCCGAAGAACACUUUUUCAGUGUUGUCUUUACCUUAAGAUUUAGAAAUACUUCAGACUCUUACUAAGUCGGAUCUUCACAUCCGUAUUGCCGUGAUUUGGGAGAAGGACACAGGAGGCUUUGCACGUGCAGAUCAGCCCCCAGCUGUCUCUCGCCCUGGCCCUUCCCCGGGUUCUCUAGUUUUGCUCCAGUGCUGUCAUUAGUUAAGUUUGCUAUGCUGCUAGCAUCCUAAGAUGACACCUUUGUUGGGUCCCUGUGAAAGGCGUGAUUCACUCCCAGCAGAGGCUGAGUUUAGGACAGCGGCUCCCAUUGACAAGUCUUUCUGUGCCGUGAUCAGCAUCUUAAUGACGAAACAACACAGGGACCUAUCGGCUGUGAAAAUCCGUGGAUUUUUCCGAUAGUGCCCUGGAAACAGUUUUAUAUGCCUGACCGACUGUUCUCGGAUUUUUCCCUCACUUGACUUUAUCACUGUUUACUAGUAAAAAGCAGCAUUGCCAAAUAACCCCUCAUUUUCCACUAAAAAAAUAAUGAAGUGAUACUAAACUUCUCAAGGUUUUAGGAUAAACCUGUUAGAUUAACUUUGUUACUUCCCUUUAUCUGGAAUGUGGCAGUAGCUUUUUCAUUUCUAAUCCUCUUUAAUGCUUCCUCAGUUCAGCGACUUAAGGUUUAAGAGCUCAACACUGGGAUUUUUGGGUAACAGACUGACAGUUUUGGUGUUUGCAUAAUUAUAGUCGGCAUUGUACAUAGAAAGGAUAUGGCUACCUUUUGUUAAAUCUGCACUUUCUCUAUCAAAAAAAGGGAAAUGGAGUAUAAAUCAAUUUUUGUAUAAUCUGUUUAAAACAUGAGUUUUAUUUGCUUAAUAUUAGGGCUCCGCCCCUUUUCUGUAAGUCUCUCGGGUCCUAUGUAGAAGCUGUUCUCAUUAAACACCAAACAGUGAAGUCCAUUCUGUGGUACUAGCUACAAAUUCGGUUUCAUAUUCUACUUAACAAUUUAAAUAAACUGAAAUAUUUCUAGAUGGUCUACUUCUGUUCAUAUAAAACUAAACUUGAUUUCCAA